GUCUCAGUCUAUCAUUAUAUCAUACUAGUCUCAAUCUAUCACUACUUAGCACUAGUCUCAAUCUAUCACUAUUUAGUACUAGUCUCAAUCUAUCACUAUUUAGUACUAGUCUCAAUCUAUCACUACUUAGUACUAGUCUCAGUCUAUCAUUAUAUCAUACUAGUCUCAAUCUAUAACUACUUAGUACUAGUCUCAAUCUAUCACUACUUAGUACUAGUCUCAAUCUAUCACUAUUUAGUACUAGUCUCAAUCUAUCACUAUUUAGUACUAGUCUCAAUCUAU